CUCGGUGGGUCUCCCUCAUGUAUAUUAACACCAAUCAUUCAUCAGCACUGGGGUCUAGCUUGUCAGGUUAUCUGCGAGGUGAACGCAUUCUUUCCUAUAGCGGGGUGGUUAUGGGCGUAGCUCUGAGCCAGUUGCCCCUCAUUUACCCUCCUCUUCGUUCCAGAUGUUACUAUUACAUCCAUAGUCACAGUAUUAGCAGGUAUUAGUACUAACUAUGUAGCAUACUGUAAGCCCUUGUAUAGUAUGUAUACGACUACUACUACAUUCAUACUUACAAUCACGGUCAUGGAUGGAGGUACUACUACGAUGCUUUGGAGCAAACUCCAUGUCAUCGCGGGAACCAAUCCUAUUACGAAGUGUACUUCCUUGGGCUGGGCUGGGGCUUUUGUUCCUAUCCGUCUUUCCGCGCAUACUUUAAUAAGAAGACAUCUUCUCCCGAGCUCAUUCUUGUUUCGUUUCCCUUAAUUUUCCUCCUUGACUCUAAUAGCAUACCUACCUUUGUUUCCCUUUACACAACAUCAUUUUUUGAGCAUACCCCUCUUUCCCUCUACACAACAUCCAACUCUUCUAAAAACCCAGAAAAUUCGAAAUGGCUUCCCUCCCCAAGUCCAUGAAGGCUGUCCGCUACGAGAAGCCGGAAGUUUGGGAUAUCGUCGAUGUUCCUCUACCAACUAUACGACCUGGAGAUGUCCUAAUCAAGGUCAAGGCCUGCGGUGUUUGCGGCACUGACCUACACAUCCACGAAGGCGAAUUCAUUGCCGAGUUCCCUCUUAUCCCUGGCCAUGAAACCAUUGGCGAGGUUGUCGGAUUUGCCGACGGCGUGAAGGGCUUCGAGAUUGGAGACCGCGUUGCAGCUGACAACUCAGAACUCUGUGGUCACUGCUUCUACUGCCGAAAAGGAGACGAGCUUCUCUGCGAAGACUUCAAGGCACACGGUGUCGUAGGAUUAGAUGGCGGUUUCGCCGAAUACGCCGCCUACCCUCAAGGUCGCCUGUUUAAGAUCAAGAACCUCAGCAACAUCGAUGCUACCCUAAUCGAGCCUGCCUCUUGCGCCAUGCACGGGUUGGAGAAGAUUGCACCGAAGGCUGGUUCUCACGCUCUGCUAAUUGGUGCUGGUCCUACCGGCCUCAUGAUGGCACAGUUCCUAAAACUUAACGGUGUUUCGCAAUUGACGAUUGCCGCCCCUGAAGGCCAAAAGAUGGAGUUGGCCAGGAGCCUCGACGCCGCCGAUCACUACGUACCCCUCUCCCGCGCAAACGCCACACCGCAAUGGGAACAGAUCAAGAAGGACAACCCGUACGGCUUCGAUAUUGUCGUGGAAGCCAGCGGCAGCGUCAAGGUCCUCGAGGACGCCAUCCACUACGUCCGCCGCGGCGGCAAGCUCGUCUGCUACGGCGUCUACCCCAACGCCGGCCGCGUCUCGUGGCCCCCGUCCAAGAUCUUCGGUGAUGAAAUCACCAUCGUCGGCUCCUUCUCCGAAACCUUCAUGUUCCCGGCCACCGUCGACUACCUCGACAGCGGCAAGGUCAAGACCAAGGGCAUCGUCAACAAGGUUUUCAAGCUCGAGCAGUGGGGCGAGGCGCUCCAGAGCAUCCGCGACAAGUCGGCUAUCAAGGCUGUUAUCGCUUUUGACUAAUUUUUUUGGCUUUGCUUUUGCCUAAGAGGGUUUGGACUGGGGCUUGGAAGCGUGGGUUAGGCUAGGUUAAUGAAGAAAACCUUGGAACAUGUCAAAAUGUUGUCGAAGAGUUAGUUAGACAGAACUGCUGGAGGGAGGAAGUUGGAAUAACGUCUCUACCUAGGUAGUACCUAUCUUGAAUGAAAUGAAUCAAUAAAUAGAAUGAAUAAUUUAAAAAAAAAAAAAAGAAAGAUUAUCUGAUAUCCCACCAA